AUGGCAGUCACACCCAUUGUAAAGGCCACGCUGCAAGCGGUGGUCAUUAAUGCGGGGUCCAAUAUAUUGGCACAGGGUAUCAAGGCUUAUAGGAGUGAUAUCCCCUUUGAAAUCGACACUCAGGCCUUGAUACAAUUUACCGCAUGCGCCAUAAUCACCACGCCGUUGAACUUCAUCUGGCAAAAUAACCUGGAAGCAACCUUCCCUGGUACAAGUUCUCAAAAGACAGCCCCCAAGCACGAUGAAAAGCCGGAGGACUCAGACACAGAAGCCUCAAAGCCAGCACUAAAUGUCACCAACACCAUCACCAAGGUCAUUAUUGAUCAAACUAUCGGUGGUACCUGGAACACGGUACUUUUCAUUUUGACCAUGGGUCUCCUACGAGGCCAACAUCAUGAACUCGUUUUUGCACAAAUUCGUGAGGAAUUUUGGCCCAUUAUGACCGCCGGCUUCAAGCUUUGGCCCUUUGUGUCCGUUCUCAAUUUCACCGUUGUCCCUGUGGACCAGAGACUACUGGUAGCCAGUCUUUUCGGUGUGGUAUGGGCUGUUUACCUGAGCUUGAUGUCA